ACACUGAAAUCUCUUAGUCCAAAGGGCGAUUCAACAAACAUUUAUAAACUAUGUGGAGGUACACGAUCUUAAGUAGCAGCAAAUUGGCAGGAAAUGCUAAAUUUUGCAGACAAAUUGCGAUUCACAGUCCCAAAUUGGGAACAAAAAGCAAUCAAAACAAGGACAAGGCAAGUGAAAAUGAGUCCUUUAUGGCUAAUAUCUUUCGAGGGUCUUUGGUGUCAAGCCAAGUGUUCCCUUAUCCGGACGUCUUGAGUACCGAUCAAAAGGAUCUGACCAACAGUCUGAUAGACCCGUUUGAACGCUUCUUCUCCGAUGUCAAUGACGCCGCCCGUAACGAUGCCAAUGCCAAAAUAGAUGACACCACGGCGACAGCUUUGUGGGAACUCGGAGCCUUUGGAAUCCAGGUGCCAUCCGACUACGGUGGCCUCGGCCUGAAUAACACCCAAUACGGCAGACUGUGCGCCAUUGUGGGCGCCAAUGAUCUGGGACUGGGCAUUACGAUCGGUGCCCAUCAAAGUAUCGGUUUUAAGGGUAUUCUUUUAUACGGUACCCCGGAACAAAAGGAGAAAUAUCUACCGAAAGUGGCCUCAGAGCAGGUUUACGCCGCGUUUGCACUUACAGAGCCAAGUUCCGGAUCUGAUGCUGGGUCCAUUCGAUGCCGCGCUGUGAAAAGUGCUGAUGGAAAGCACUACGUUCUUAAUGGUUCCAAAAUCUGGAUUUCCAAUGGUGGAAUUGCCGAAAUCAUGACUGUUUUCGCCCAGACCGAACAAGUGGAUCCGAAAACUGGCGAAAAGAAGGACAAGGUAACUGCCUUUAUUGUGGAAAGAUCAUUUGGCGGAGUUACUAAUGGUCCGCCGGAAAAAAAAAUGGGUAUCAAGGCAUCAAACACUGCCGAGGUUUAUUUCGAAGAUGUAAAAAUUCCAAUCGAAAACGUGCUCGGCAAGGAAGGAGACGGAUUUAAGGUUGCCAUGAACAUAUUGAACAACGGUCGGUUCGGAAUGGGAGCGACGCUAUCGGGAACCAUGAAGAAAUGCAUUGAACUGGCAACCGAUCAUGCAAACAAUCGUGUACAAUUCGGGCAAAAACUAAAGAACUACGGAUCGAUUCAGGAGAAGCUGGCCCAGAUGAAUAUUUUGCAAUAUGCUACUGAAUCGAUGGCCUUUACCAUCUCACAAAACAUGGACGCAGGCAGCAAGGACUACCACUUGGAAGCGGCGAUUUCCAAGAUUUAUGCCUCCGAGAGCGCCUGGUACGUUUGCGAUGAGGCGAUUCAAAUUCUGGGUGGCAUGGGAUAUAUGGUGGGGACCGGUCUUGAACGAGUCCUGCGAGAUUUGCGCAUUUUCCGUAUAUUCGAGGGCACAAAUGAUAUUCUCCGAUUAUUCAUCGCACUGACUGGCAUUCAAUAUGCAGGAUCACAUUUAAAGGAAUUGCAGCGUGCGUUCAAGAAUCCCUCUGCAAACUUGGGAUUGAUUUUCAAGGAAGCCUCCAAGAGAGCUGCUUCGACGGUUGGCUUAGGCGGCACUGAUCUGAGUGUUCACGUUGCGGAUGAACUUUUACCCUAUGCGAAGAAAACCGCCCAUUGUAUUGACCUUUUUGGUCAGUCGGUGGAAGAGCUAUUGCUGCGAUACAAUAAAAAUAUAGUAAACGAGCAAAUUUUGCUAACACGACUGGCAAACGCUGCCAUUGAUAUAUACUCUAUGGUUGUGACGCAAUCACGAUCAUCUCGAGCAGUAAAUCAUAAUCUGCCAACUGCUCAACACGAGCUGAACAUGACGAAAGCACUCACCAUUCAGGCUUCUGAACGAGUGAUUAAAAACCUGCAGGCUGCAACUUCCAGGCAUCACAAGGCUCUGAACGAGAAAAUAUCUGAGAUCGCCCUAACUACUCUGGAAAAUGGCGGUGUAAAUACAACUGGAGUCUUAGACCAAAAUUAGAAAUAUAAUUUUUUGUACAAAUUUAUAGUCUUUGAAUGUUCUAUUAGAAAUGAAAAUAAAUAAAUAAAUAAAACAUUGUAACCUUCAAGGGCCAUUAAAAAUUAAAAUGAUUGCUUAGUAUAAUAAAAGGUUUUUAAAAACA